AUGGCCCCUUCACAGACGGCCAACAAGAAGCAACGCAUGACACUGGCUCAAGUGUCAGCAUAUGAUGACAUUCUCACUGACGCCCUAGUUGAUCAUGUCUUUUAUUGGACAACAGUCCCCAAGAACCGCACAUCCUAUCACCCCUCGCGAGGUGUAAAGGAGGAGGAAAUCAGCAAGAUCCUGCAAGAAGAGGUAGUUCUGAAGAAGGAUUUGGACAGUGCUGAGAAGCGAUUAUUGACAACCAACGGACUCAAGAGAUUUCACAAUGGGUUGAAAACCGACAAGGAGAAGGACGACUUCCGAAAACAUCUCAGACGCUAUGUGCAGAUUUAUCUGCCGGAUUGUCCUUGGGAGGUCAGCUCAACGAACCGAUACACGAUUGUCAGCCACGAGGCAGCUGUGACAGCCAGACGAGCCAUACGGCGCAACGAAGCUAUCAAGUACCUGUCCGGUGUACAGGUAGUCAUCACACCAGAAGAGGAGAUGGCAAUCUCAUCACAAAAGAAGGAUUUCAGCAUUGUUGUUAGCUCACGAAGCAAGUGCACGAGUCUUUUUAUGGGACCUGCUCGGUUUGCGAACCACGAUUGCGAUGCAAAUGCCAAACUUAUGAGGACGAGCCAUGCCGGAAUCGAGAUUAUCGCAACGAGGCCGAUUGAUGCAGGAGAGGAAAUCACAGUCACGUACGGAGAUAACUACUUUGGCGAGAACAACUGUGAAUGCCUUUGCAAGACAUGCGAGGAUCUAUUGAGAAAUGCAUGGGGGCCAGAAGAGGGGACAGUGCCAGUUCAGACGGGCAUUGAGCAGAGUCUGUCAGAUGGUUACUCACUUCGACGACGACGAAGAGAUGACAGUAUUUCUGGUUCUUCACGGACACCAUCAGUCACGCCCGACAUGCGACCACGGAUUACGAAAGCCAAUUCCAGAGGAUCACUACUGGCCCGUGAUACAUCAUCUGUUAGAUCCCCAUCUAUCGACCAAACCAGUCGCAAGCGAACACACGAUGUUCUGGCCACACCACCCAAGACACCAGCGAAACGACAAAAGCUUGGGGUCCAGCCAAUAGUCUCGGACUCUUCAUCACGCGGCACAUCUGUCACAGCUAGUGAAUCAAGUGGAGCUGUCGAAACAGAUGUUACUUCACCUGAGAAGGAGACUCCAGAGCCUAUGCAAACGCCAUUGAAGGGCGCAUCAAAGAAGCAGAACAAUGAGCAGAGCAGACUCGCACCAGUCUCACCGCAGAGCACAGAGGGUUCGCAAUCACCACAGCAGAAGAAUGGGGCUACGUCGAGUAAUCGAAGCAGUUUGGAUACUAUGUCUAUCCAGGCUAUUUUGAACGACCCACUAGAGUCUGAGAUGGAGAGCGAACCUGAGUCCAAGAUGAAGAAAGUAACGGUGGUCCCUCCACCAGUUGAACCGGUUGCGCCAAUUGCAACCAGUAUUGAGGCCGUUGAGGAGGGCCAAGCGGCUGACGCGGAACAGUCAAAGCGGAAGAAGCAACCACGCCGUGUCCACAAAGAAGACACACCACCAGCUCGAGUGCGAACACCAGGCGAUUACCUCCUUACGCCGCUACUGCUAUCAGAACCUGAGAUGGCUUGGAUUCAGUGCACCAACUGCGACGAGUACUUUGUACAACAGAACGCAUACUUUACACGAGCUUCGUGUCCUCGCUGCGAACGACACUCAAAGCUUUACGGAUACAUUUGGCCCAAGACGGACAAGGCAGGACCUAAUGACAAGGAGGAAAGGAUCUUGGAUCACCGCACAAUUCAUCGAUUCUUGGAUCCUGAUGAUGAGCGAAGAGUGAGAAAUCGCAAGAGCUUUGGAACCAAGAUGAAUACGGAAGAGGCAGAAGAUGUUGAACGGGGACGAAAGCGAUUCGGCACAGCUGGUUUAAUGGGAAGGAAUGCUUCAACGACAGAAGAUUCGGGCCACCGAAGGAGUGGAAGGCUACGAAGGGUGAACAGCAGGUUUCUUGAUUCAUGA